AUGAAAAGCUUUCCAUCAAGUUUUCGCAUUUCUUCGCAUUUUGCGUGUCGCAUACAUGGUUAUUCUCUUCGGCAUUUAUCCUAUCGGUUUUUUUCUUCAAAGUCAGACGCUGGACCUCAAGACAAUCCAGCUUUAGAUGCAAAGCCUUCUGAGUUAGAAAAAUCACCAGAGGGGGUUAUCCGGCCUUGGUACGUGGAAUAUGCCGAGAGGACAUUUCCGAAAAGAAAUGUAUUCACAUCAGAAAUACCACCUUUACCAGAAGCGGCUCCCGAGUUCCUUCAAGAAGUUUUAAAAGCCUUGUCCAAUCAAUAUCUAGUCUCCGAUUUGAAGUUUAUACGUCCCAACGCUGAUCAACCUUGGAGCACUUCAGACUUGAUGCUUCUUGGUACAUGUAACGACGAUGGUCAUGUUAUAUCCGUAACCCGAGGCAUCUCCCAAAAACUAAAAGACUUAAAAAUUGGCACGGUUCAAAUUCAGGGUCUUCCUAAUCUAUCACGACAAAGAAUUUUGAAUCGCAGAGCCUUAAAACGUCCUGAAGCUUGGCAUAACAAGAUGUCCACACAAAAAACAAAUUGGACAUGUAUUCAUCCUGAAAAUUAUAAUGUAAUUAUCCAUUUAUUUACAAAAGAAGCACGAGAGUUCUAUCAGCUAGAAACUAUUGAUCAAGAUUUACAACAGAUUUUAUCUGAAAACCAUGAGAAUGAAGAUUCUUCUUCUACUUCCUUCCGUCAAGUGAAUAAGAAGAAAAUUAGUUCUGAACGCCGUACUUCUCCGGGAGAUAGAAGAAAGUUUCAUACAUCUUGCAUGCGUAACGACUCAAUCGCUAAAGAAAAUGCAUCUUUCACAAAAUCUUUAAAUCCAUUCGAAGAAGCAAGAAGGAUGUAUCUUGCAUACGAUGACCGUUUUUCUUUGGAAUCCUUCUCUGAUCAUGUCAAGAGUCUACUAGACAGGCUGGCUUCUGAGGUAUCUGUGCAAGAUGUGAAUACCUUGUUAACUGCCGUAGCCCUUUCGGCUCCUCCGUCCAUUAAUUCUUUGGAAUCGUCAAGAAAGCUUGUCAGUCAUAGGAUUCAACUGUUAACCUCAUUGUAUACGUCUAUUCAGAAAACGACCCCUAUUGACAUUACUGAGUUGAGAAGGAUCUUGUCCAAAUGUCUAAUUUGUUCAUGCAUGGUUGAGACGAGCGAUUUUCAUUAUCUUGAUCCUCGCAUCUAUAAAACUGAACAGCUUAUGUAUCGUCACGGCAUAAGUAUGACCGUGAAGUCAUACAUGUUAAUUCUUAACGUUUUUGCAAAAUACAAUCGGUGGAAAGAUGUAUGGAUUCGUUGGAGUAAAUUAACGAACAUUGGCAUUUUGCUAGACGAGGAUAUGUACUGUCAUAUUUUUCGGUUAGUGGCCGAAAGUAAAAAUGAGCGAGCCGCAAUUUACGCUUUAUCAAAUAUAUUUGAAGACAUGCUAUCCCAAUCCCCUGAAUUGGCUGCCUCAAAAGAUAUUGCGGUUUACCUGUCGAGGUGUCUUGAUUUGAUCUCAUUUCAAAACGACAACUCAUACCGGUCAGUCCAUAAAUAUAUCCAAGCGUCUAAAAGUAGAGGCGAUUAA